GCAUUUGGCAAUGAGUAGUCGCUGGGCGAGUGAAAAUGAAGAGCCCACCCUCGACGACCUCGUGUCGUAUGCUAACAACGAAGCGUACGCGUUAAACUUGAUUGACGAGCCCAUUCCGACGUCCAAAUACACUCUGCGAACGCCACAGAAGGCUCGAGCGGGCGAUAUUCCCCCGCCGCCAAGCUCCGUCCGUCCGCCGAAUGCAAGGCGGCUUUCAACUCGGUCCAUCUUGAACCUUCAGUCGGACAUGCUUGGAGGCGAUGAUGGCGCGAUGAGUGAAACUGCGUCGACAGAGGGCGACACGGAGAUGUGUACAAGUCCGUUCGAUUUGAACGUGCUCGAGCAAUUGACAUUGACGAAUCUCCGUGGAUCGUUUAGCAGUUCUAAUCAAUCCCCGUUGCCAACGUCGUCGUCGUCCCAGGCAUUUCACAUGAAAUCCAUUUUAAACCAAGUCCUUCCAGAUGAACGCGACGACGAAGACGACGCCAACAACCAGGAGUCGUCCACCCGUCGUCCGUGUAUGUCUGCUUGGUCCGAAAGUGUGACCCCCUACAAUCGAACGCACGAAGAUCAACGCAUGAAACUGCGCUUGACACGCAUGCGAGCCCAAAUGCAAUUGACCAUCAGCCGUCUGCAGCGACAGAAUGAGGACUUGCGGGCUGCGCUAGCCCUGUCGAAAGCAACGAGUGCGAAGCGGGAGAAGCAGCUCGCCGCAGACCACGCGUUCAAGUUGUCGUCCAAGGAGGUUUCAAAGCAAAACACAACAACAUACAUGUGUAUUGUAACAGCCCUCGAAACUGUAGCGCCAAAUCAGUCACUUGAAAAAGCAACUGGCCGACGCCACCGCCACGGUGAAAAGUGCUCAAACCCACUUUGACAUGGAGCUAUCGUCCCUCUCAACCCAAGUGGCCGACCUCAAGUUUGAAAACAAGCUGAUGCAAACUGCCUACGAAAACGGACGGUCGACGUGGCGCGCCACCAACCACACUUGACUAGUGCUAUGUACUACACUAGUAUUCCCAAAUCCAACGACUAGUUAGUAUAUUUUAUGCGCUGUUGCUAAACUUGACUCGGAUGUCGUCUUCGCCCAUGAACCCUGCACUAACUCCGGAUGUGUUGCCACCAAACAACCGUCGCUCCCACGUGUUGAUGUCAAAGUAAAUGAACUGCGCCACGCCGCUGCCUUCGUUUGGCUGCCGCUUGAACCAGAGCUUGAGCUCGACGUGGUAGCGCCACUCGCGGAUGUACAGCUCCUGCGCCGCAUAGGCUUGGACCACGUCCUUGGGCAUGGCGUAAAAGACAAAGAAGAGCGUUUCUAGCUGGAACUUGCUCAAGUGCGUCGUCUUGAGCACGGGCGGCUGGUUGUAGUAGCACGCGGGCAGGUUGAACUGCGGCUCCUUUGUGCUCGGGCCGUCUGCCCACGGCGACGCAAACGUCUGAUGCAGCGAUCUACAGCCACACAAGUUCAUUCGUCGGUGGACAUUGUAUAUAUUGUCGAUAUUUGAUACAAACAGGAGGAUCGAUCACGACAAAUGUGAUGUACAGUACACUAGCAUCGGCAGAAGAAUCGAGCCCAUCGGAUUCCAGAAAACACGAAUUAGUGUGUGAGAAUGAAAUUAGUGUGAAUACAAGCGUCAAAGUAAAAGGACAAUCAUAUACAAGAAGCAGCAAAGCAACGCAC